ACACAGCAGAGCACACGGCAGAGCACACAGCAGAGCAGCAGGCAGAGCACACAGCAGAGCACACAGCAGAGCAGCACCCUGCAGAGGAUUCCCAGGCACCUACCCAGUGCAGAACAUCCCUUGUGUACAUCAUUGCUUUGGAAUCAUCUGAUCUGGAAAUGAUCACCAGUUUUCUUGACAGUCUGAACCCUGCUUCAGGGAAAGACCGGGCAUCCUUUGAUAAAUUGUACCAGCUGGGUUCUCUCAUGGGGCGUGGUGGAUUUGGCACAGUCUACGGGGCGCGAAGACUCACCGAUCACGUACAGGUGGCCGUGAAGCAUAUCUUGAAGAGUCGAGUAGUGGAAUGGGCACAGCUGGGUAAAUUGUCACGCGUGCCCAUGGAAGUGUUUCUGAUGCUGAAAGUCAAGGGUCACAAGGGCAUCAUUGAGCUUCUGGAUUGGUUUGAAACCCCGGACAGUUUCUUCCUGGUAAUGGAGAUGCCGGAACACUGUCGGGAUCUGUUCGAUGUGAUCACAGAACAAGGGCACCUGGAGGAAGGGAUUGCACGAGGCCUGUUCCGGCAGGUGGUGGAGGCGGUACGGCACUGCCACAACCAUGGCAUCACACACCGUGAUAUCAAAGAUGAGAACCUAUUACUCAACACUCACACAGGAGAACUCAAACUCAUCGACUUUGGCUCCGGAGCUGUGCUGCAGGAUUCCUUCUACACUGAUUUUGAUGGAACCAGAGUAUACAGCCCUCCAGAAUGGGUGGCUUUCCGGAAAUAUAAGGCCGUGCCAGCGGCAGUCUGGUCUCUGGGCAUCCUGCUGUUCGAUAUGGUCUGCGGUGACAUCCCCUUCGAAAGAGACCAGGAAAUUCUACAAGCGCAGCUAAACUUUAGGACCAAAGUGACCCCAGAAUGUGAAAAAUUAAUCCGAUGGUGUUUAUCCACAUGCCCUUCAGACCGCCCCUCGCUUGAACAGAUAGUCCAGCAUCCGUGGAUGAAAGAAGACCGCACGUAAUGUCAAAACAGAAGGCCAGAGAAUUGAAACACACUACAGAGACUGUUUCGCUAUUGUGCGCGGCCUCUAGGGGGCACCACUCAAUGGAAAUGGUGUUAUGCCCUCAUAUUGCUGCAACUAGCAGUAAUGUUUUAGGUGUGAUGGGUAAUACUAUUAGCUGGAGUGACUCAUGUAUCAUGAGCAGGAAGUCCUGAAUAUGGCACUAACAGUGCGCGUUACACCUAGCUGUGACUCAUAGCCUGUAUCAACUCAGGGAAAGUAGGUGUGUUGGGUAACCUGGUUUUACAGGACGGUCUUCCUAAGAAACAGAGGAUUGCCAAAACAAUCAUUGCGACUUGCAGAAGUCCUUAACUAUAGGCGACGGGCUUUAAAGGGAAUGUUUAUGAGCCCUUUAAACUCCAUCUUGAAUUCAAAACUGUCUGCAAUAGACUGCUAGCUUUAUUGCAACAUUGUGGAAGUGACUGGAGAAGAAACCCCCUAUGGGGAAACCUAAAGCCGCGUACACACGGUCGGAAUUUCCGAUGGAAAAAGUCUGAUGUGAG